AUGCUCACUUCGCUCUCCCCGCGCCGCUCGGACACGAGUGGCUCACGCUCCCACCGGACAGCGGCGCGCACGGACGGGGCUGCACGCCCCGCACCGCGAGCCCCCGCGCCCCGCCCGACCCCGAUGUCAAUAUUCAUCACGGAGCAGCCGGCGCCCAGAGCCCGCCCCGGGCCCGCCCCCAGGAGCCGAGCGCCGGGUCAGGGCCGACAGGUUGCGGUGCGGGAGAGCGAGAAGGGGCCGCGGGGGCGGCACCGGGAGGAGCCGCUGCCGCCCCUCGGUGCCGCCCGCGGGGUACGGCCGCGCUCGCUGCGGCGCGGCGCCCGCGAGCCUCCGAGCUCCGCGAAGCGCCCCGCGCAACUUCCGCGUGCCCGGCCGGCAACGCAGGUCCCGGCCCGCCCGCUCCCCGGGGAGGAGCAGUGAAAUCGUAAGUGUAGUCAUAAUCGAGGGCAGAGCAGAAGGACGGCUUCCCACAGACAGCCCA